AUGGCCGCCCAGUCGGACGGAGGCAAGCCCGGGGGGGGUGGGGGGGGUGAUGGGGGUUAUGGGGGGGGUGGGGGGGGCGGGUUCGCGCAACUCUACGACGUGGACGCGGAGGAACCGCUGGACUCCGCCGCCAUCCACAUCUGCCAGUGCUGCCGCUCCUCCGCGUGCUACUGGGGCUGCCGCUCCGCGUGCCUGGGCUCGCUGCUGGGGGGGGGGGGGCCGCCCCCCGGGGGGGGGGGGGGGGGGGGGGUGGGGGGGGUCCGGGAGACGCACUGCCCCCCCCGCGAGCAGCUGUGGCUGGACUGCCUGUGGAUCGUGCUCGCGCUGCUGGUGUUCUUCUGGGACGUGGGCACGGACCUGUGCCUGGCCGCGGAGUACUACCGGAGGCGGGACUACCUGUGGUUCGGCCUCACGCUCUUCUUCGUGCUGGUGCCCUCCGCGCUCGUGCAGAUCCUGAGCUUCCGCUGGUUCGUGCAGGACUACACCGGCGGGGGGCUGGGGGAGGUGGAGGGCCUGACCAAGCGGGGCCCGGUGGCCCUGGGGUGCCUCUAUCCCGGGAAGGACCGCCUCCAGCUGGCCUCCAUCUGGCUGUGGCAGGCCACCAUCCACGUGCUCCAGCUGGGCCAAGUGUGGAGGUACAUCCGGACGCUGUACCUGGGCGUGAUGUCGCGGCGGCAGAGGGAGCACCAGCGGCGCUGGUACUGGGCCAUGAUGUUCGAGUACGCGGACGUGAACAUGCUGCGGCUGCUGGAGACCUUCCUGGAGUCCGCGCCGCAGCUGGUGCUGCAGCUCUGCAUCAUGAUCCAGGAGAACCGCGCCGAGACGCUGCAGUGCAUCUCCUCGCUGGCCUCCCUCCUCUCUCUGGCCUGGGUGCUGGCCUCCUACCAUAAGCUUCUGCGGGACUCCCGGGACGACCAGCGCAGCAUGAGCUACCGCGGCGCGCUGCUGCACCUGCUCUGGCGCCUGUUCACCAUCUCCUCCCGCGUCCUGGCCCUGGCCCUGUUCGCCUCGCUCUUCCACAUCUACUUCGGCAUCUUCGUGGUGCUGCACUGGUGCGCCAUGGCCUUCUGGGUGGUGCACGGGGGCACCGACUUCUGCAUGUCCAAGUGGGAGGAGGUGCUCUUCAACAUGGUGGUGGGCAUCGUCUACAUCUUCUGCUGGUUCAACGUGAAGGAGGGACGCACGCGCCACAGGAUGGUGGCCUACUACACCGUGGUGCUGGCCGAGAACACC